AAGAACAUAGCAUAUGAUUUGUAGGACCCAAUCUUUUACCUCAAGAGGAAAAACUUUUUAUAUAGGAGACUAGAGAGACCCCUAUCUCCACUACGACGACGACCUCCCAAUUCUCCUUUACCCCCUAAAUUAAAGGAGAUGUUGACAAGUAAAAGCAACGUCGUAGUAGAGGCAUGGAACACCACAGCCACAACGCAAACGCAGGUAGAGACGCCGCAUAGACCGUCACUAAUACACCCAACUUUUUAUUGGAGUUAUAACUGCGAAGUGCUUUUCCAUGGAUGGCCUGGCUCUAGCCGUUCGAUGUAUGCUCUUGCACUUAUAUUCGUCUUCGCUUUGGCGUUUUUAGCUGAGUGGUUUACUCGGUGCUCUGACGCUGCGGCUUCCAUCAAACCGGAGGCUGAUAAGGCUGCCAAGGUGGCCUUUCGUACGGCUAUGUAUGCGGUCAAGUCUUGCUUUAGCUACCUUGUGAUCCUAGCCGUUGUUUCGUUCAAUGGUGGCGUUUUCAUCUCCGCUAUUUUGGGGCAUGCUUUUGGUUUUGUCGUUUUUCGUGGCCGGGCGCUUCGGAAGGUGGGUCGGGUUGACGGGUAAGAAUCGGGAUAUCCAGCAUUUUUGGGUUUUAACCGAACCCAACGAGAACUGAAGUCAUUUGUUUUCUUAUAUUUGAUUCGUGUGUUCUUUCGAAUGAAUGAAAAAAGAGAGUUGUUUUAUUAAUACAACGUUGAAUUUGGUGAGUGUUCCGAUUGUUAUUUGGUUUUCAUUUAAUUUAUUUUGUGAUAACGUCAACGAAUAAUACAAAAAUUAAUAAUACAGUCUAAGGGGGAUGUAUUCAA